AUGCGAAGCGAUGAAGAAGACGUAGAUAUGGCUGAUGAAGCAGUUGGCAUGCUCUCUGCAGCUGAAGCAGAACAAGUUGCUGGAGGAGCUCGAUCUCUAUCUGGUGGCUUGCAGACUUCAAUGGCAAAAGGUUCAACUUCUGGACAUCAUACUUUUCCUGAAAUGAUACACGAUCGCUCGAUGAGUUUAUCGCAUGUGCUCUUGUUUGAUCGAGUAUCAAGGAGAUGGUGGAACCCGCAGUUUACAUCUGCAGCUUUAGAAGCUCAGUACUGGAAAUGUACCUUUCCCCAACUCAGGGAUAGGUUCAGGUCUGGACUAAUCUAUAUCUGCUUCUCCUGCAUUUUAUGGAUUGUAUAUUUAGAAAUUUUCGAUCAUGCAAGCAUGGCCCAUUGGUUGGUAUCAGCUGGCUUGUUCACACUAUCAGUUGGAAUGUUCCUUUUCACGUUAUUUACCGUGCAUUAUCAACGUUUUUAUUUGCCAGCAUCAUUUCUUUGUGUUUUCAUUCUUUGCGCAGUAACUUUACUCAUUUUUUCUGAUACAUCGAAUUCGUUUAUGGGACCGAUUGGAGACUUAGCCACUAGUUUUCAGGUAGUGUUAUUAAUUUAUAUGAUAAUUCCAUUACCGCUUUAUCUAUGCAUUUUAAUUGGCUUAGUAUAUUCAACGCUAUUUGAAAUGCUUGGUACUGAGAUGACGAAUUACUUGGAUACACCUGGUGUUAAACUUAUUUUGCAUUUUGGUAUCCAUCUAUUAGGUGUUCAUUUAUUCAUCCUUACUCAAGUUCGACAACGGAAAACAUUUUUGAAAGUAGGCCAGUCUUUAUUGGCACGUAAAGAUUUGGAAGUGGAAACUCAAUUUAAAGACCAUAUGAUACAGUCUGUUAUGCCAAAAAAGGUUGCUAAUGAACUGCUAAAGGAAACCAAUGUACGUAGAUCUUCCUCUGGUCACGAUGCACACUUGCGCGUAAAAAACGACGUAAAUUUGAAAGAAGAUAAGUCGGAAGUGUGUAAUCCAAAUACUGCAUCAUCUGCAACUUUUUUGGCUCCAAAUGUUCGAAAAUUUCGACCUUUUACUAUGAAUAUGAUGACAAAUGUUUCCAUUUUGUUUGCUGAUAUUGCUGGCUUCACAAAAAUGUCAUCAAAUAAAUCAGCUGAUGAACUGGUAAAUUUGUUGAAUGAUCUAUUUGGGCGCUUCGAUUAUUUAUGUGGUCGAUGCAAUCUGGAAAAAAUCAGUACUUUAGGAGAUUGUUAUUAUUGUGUGGCAGGUUGUCCUGAACCUCGAUCAGAUCAUGCUCGUUGUUGCGUAGAAAUGGGAUUAGCUAUGAUCACUGCUAUCCAGCAGUUUGACGAAGAUCGUGGUCAGCAAGUUAAUAUGCGUGUCGGUAUACAUACAGGAAAGGUAAUGUGUGGUAUGGUUGGUAUGAAACGAUUUAAAUUUGACGUUUUUUCAAAUGAUGUAACGCUUGCUAAUGAAAUGGAAUCAACUGGAACAGCUGGACGUGUACAUAUUUCAGAAGUUACUGCAAAAUUUCUGAAUAACGAAUAUAUUUUAGAAGAUGGACCUGAACAUGCUGGUAUGUUGCGCUCACACUCCUUGGGAAUUAAUCAGUUACUUAAUUAA